UUUACACCUGUUGAAGUGCGUAACCAUAUACAACAGUUAUUACAUUAAAAAUUCUUCUUAAAUAAUAUUUCCAUUCUUCUCGUCAAUGCUUUGUCUUACGUGACUCCUGCAUUGUUUUAAUACUGUUUGCGGAAUAUCUCUUAACAGUCAUAUCUGUGGGGAUCUGGUCCCUUAUAAAUCGGGUACCUAAUCGCUAGACCCGUGCUGUAGCUGCGUAGUGCCUAUACAGUAAAGUUUCCAUAAAUGCACAGAUAUCUCUACCAUAAAUGCACAGAUAUCUCUACCAUAAAUGCACAGAUAUCUCUACCAUAAAUGCACAGAUAUCUCUACCAAUACACGCAAGAUAAACUAAGGCGAGCACGUCAUCUUCAGAAUUGGUUUCGACGUACCUGAAAUGAACAGUAAAAAAGAAGUAUUCCAAAGCAAAUUUCACGCAUUACAUCUGGAGAAAUGUAGCAGAAGACUUUUCGACAGGAUGUCAAUAAAUUAAUGGUUAAAAGAAGGCAAUAGUCCCAUAUAAAAAAAUAUUAAAUUCCAGUUAGUCUGGGUAGACUAUUUAGUUAAAUUAGCAUACUUUUUGGAAAAAUACCAUAAUGUCUGCGGGCGCGGAAUCGUUAGCCACGGCUGAACCCCACCUUAUCCCAGGGUACGCAGGAUAUUGUCCACAAUAUCGCUAUAGAUGCGGUGAAACGUACGGAAGUAUAACGCACAAAGUGCUUCUUGAUCCCACAGUGAAUCAUGCGGAAACGCUAAUUUUGUCGAAUCGGGUCACCGACGAUUACGAAGUUCAAAGGCCACCAAAAAAUGAUAUAGACGUAGUAAAUACCCGUUACAAACACACCGAUCCUGUAUUCGUUCAUCCUAUCAUGCCAGGAUACGAAGGUUUCACGCCAAGGCUGAAUGCCAACAACGGGCAAAGGUACACUGUGCUAGCCACUGAGGGACUUGCCGAAUUCGAGAGACAACAGAUACGAAAUAAAGCUGCUCUUAACGUACUUAAAAGAACAAUAGCUAUACAAAGUGGACACGGUGAACCGCGAAAUUUAGAAGAUCGUUUACUCAUUAAAAGUGAAUUCAAGUUACCUAUGCUCACCGUUCGGCCCGACCGCGUAGGCGUAAUGAGAAACUUAUUUUUGGACGAACAGCACGAAACACCUAGAGAUCACUCGCCAUCUCCACAUUUCAUGGACAAUGCGAAUCCGAAGAAAUACUUUGUCAGCCGAUAUGCGGGUCAUAUACCGUACGGGUAUGCGCAUUUCGGGGCAUCGAACGUUCCCGCCACCAAUAGCGCGCUUUGUGACUUCACAUCCAACUAUCGAAAACGACAGAGCACGGAAUGGGCACCGGUAACAAUUUCGAGGCCUGACCCACCGCUGGCCAUCCAACCCACUAUGAUCUAUCACAAGCACGUUGGAAUGAUUCCAAAUUACCUUGGGCACGUGCCCGGAGAGACAUUCAGAUUUGGUAAAACCUUUGGAGCUGACACUAAAGAUGCAAAAAGAUGGCUUCGUGGUGACUUCUCGGCGUAGAAUAUAUCGUACAAUAUCCUAUACCUGGACUCAACAGUUUCGUCCAUUGUGUAACAAUUACUGUAA